GGAGAAUUGAUCGGGCCACGUCAAGAAAAGCACCCAUACGUUGUACUGAACUAGUGCGGAGUAGACUAUCGACAAGGAUACAGCAACAGUAGGUUACCAUCUGAACUAUCAUAAACCGUAUUAAGAGAUAUAAUUUACACUCCUGUUUAUUACAAUGGACUGCGCUUUUGAGCACUUGGAUGCUGUUGGUUUUCUGGAGAUUUGGCAACACUUUGAUGCAGACGAUAAUGGUUACAUUGAGGGGAAGGAGUUGGAUCACUUCUUCCGUCACAUGAUGACGAAAUUAGGUCCGGAGGAUAAAGUAACAGAGGAGAGGGUCCAGAGGCUGAAGCAGAGGUUCAUGUCAGCCUAUGAUGUCACCGCAGACGGACGCCUGCAGAUCCAGGAGUUGGCCAUGAUGAUCCUGCCGCAGGACGAGAACUUCCUCCUGGUGUUCCGCAGGGAAGCCCCUCUGGACAACAGUGUAGACUUUAUGAAGAUCUGGAGAAAGUAUGAUGCUGACAGCAGUGGAUUCAUAUCAGCUGUGGAGCUGAAGGGUUUCCUGAAGGACUUGUUCCAGCAGCACGGGAAGGCUGUGUCCUCCAGCAAACUGGACGAGUACACAGACGCAAUGAUGAACAUUUUUGACAAAAAUAAGGAUGGUCGCUUGGAUCUGAACGAUUUGGCCAGGAUCCUGGCUCUAGAAGAGAAUUUCAUGCUACAGUUCAAAAUGGAUGCCUCAAGUCAAGAAGACAGAAAGAGAGACUUUGACAAAAUAUUCAACCACUAUGAUGUUAGUAACACCGGAGCUUUGGAAGGACCAGAGGUGGAUGGCUUUGUAAAAGACAUGAUGGAACUGGUCAGGCCCAGCAUCACUGGUCCAGAGCUGGACAAACUGAGGGCUGUGCUGCUGGGACACUGUGACGUCAACAAAGAUGGAAAGAUCCAGAGGAAUGAGCUGGCGCUGUGCCUGGGAAUGAAGCCCAAAAAGGCCUAGUCUUCCCAGUACAGAGAAGCCCUCUACUACUGACCCUUCCCUUCACUCUGAGACAUCCAGAACACCCAGAACUUUAUGUCCAAUCUUCAAAAACAAAGAUGACAAAGACAACAGCUGCCAGUGUUUUAGCAUGUUGUGGAACAAGCACUGUUCUGAAUGAUAUCAAUUGUGUUUUCUUGUGAUAGAUUCAAAUUAAUACAGAAUAAUACAGGUAGCCUACUGGUAAAUUAAUACAGAAUAAUACAGGUAGUCUACUGGUAAAUUAAUACAGAAUAAUACAGGUAGUCUACUGGUAAAUUAAUACAGAAUAAUACAGGUAGCCUACUGGUAAAUUAAUACAGAAUAAUACAGGUAGCCUACUGGUAAAUUAAUACAGAAUAAUACAGGUAGUCUACUGGUAAAUUAAAGUGUAUCUAUCUGAGAAAGCAGGAGAAUGCUCAAUGUUCCAGACUGUGUUGUGAAUGAUGCUUUGUUUUGUUGGCCUGGCCAUAGCUGGCGAUUGGGCAAUUUGCAUGUAAGUGCAGUACUGUAUUGUACAUUAGGUGAGUUGCUGUUUUUAAUAUUGUAACAGUCCUGACCUGUUUUAUGUUGUUUUUAUGUGUUUAUGGUCAGGGCAUGUGUUUUGGUGGGCAGUCUAUGUUAUCUGUUUCUAUGUUGGUUUUGGUUUGCCUGGUAUGGCUCUUGAUUAGAGGCAGGUGGUUUGCAUUUUCCUCUAAUCAAGAGUCAUAUUUAGGUAGGGCAUUCUCACUGUUUGUUUGUGGGUGAUUGUCUCCUGUGAUGUCUUCGUCGAUGUUAUUCACUUUCGGAGCUGUUUGGCUGUUCGUGUGUUUUGAUGUAACGUUCCUGUUCGUGAGUUUACGUUUGUCUAUGUAAGUUUAUGUUCAGGUUACGUUUUGUUAUUUUGUAAGUUUUGAAAGUGUUUUGUUUUGUUUAGUCGACGUCUUAUUUGUAAUAAAGAUGGCUUAUUUCCCUGA